AUGAAAGGCGAACCAGUGACCCGCUGUCUGCCGAGAUUACGCAAACGUGCUCGAGCAGAAAAGUGCGGGCACGAGGCCAGCGAUCGAUUGGCGCGGCAGACGCGUAAUCGCGCCGCCGCCGAUUUUGCCUGCUGCGGAAUUCAAGUUCGCUAUCACUGGACGAGCCCGUUGCGUGAAGCUCUAGUCAGAAGCGUGGAGAAACGUGAGAAACUUUGGAAGAAAUAUCCCGUGAUUAGUCAUGAUACCGAUUUGAGAGCAAAACUUUGGGGAGAAGUGGCCGAUGAGCUCAGUGAGCAAUUCGGAGUCCUAAUUGACACUGAGGACAUGAAGAAAACAUGGAAGAAUUUAAAGGAUAACUACUGGCGCAUCAUCAAAACUUUCGACACUGAACCUGAAAGAGCGAAACGUUGGAAGUUCUACGAUGCUAUGCGGUUUAUGGAACGGGCAAACACCGAUGAUUCGCAGAGAUCAUACAAAUCUCAUCCUGAUCCGCAUAGCUUACCAUCCUCUUCCAGAGGCAGACCUAUGUGGGUCAUCACUUUGAGAAAACAAGAGGAAUUUCAUUAA